CACCAAACAUACUGACUCAGACUCGGCCGUUGCCUGAUUAAAUAAUUCACAUAUAAGUAUUGACUCCGCGCCUCCCCAAAAUCUUACAACCUAGGGUUUCACACCCUGUAAUUUCUCUCAUCAAUUCUACUCCGCAUUUGCAUGAGUCCGAUCUCAUACUGCUCGUCGUUGCCGGUGUGUGCUCCUCUACAGUUUACACUCUCGGCGGCCGGAAAUGUCGUCGCCGGCGGUCCCUCUUCCAUCGUAUACAGCCGCCGGUCAAUCGGAGUCUCCAGAUGUAUCUACGAUUGUGGGACUACAAGGAGCAGCUAUUGCUCCUGAAGAAAUUUCACUGGUUAUCGAAUCUUUCAAGAAGAAAGUUGAUGCUGAUCGUUGUGUUUAUAUCAUGAAAAGAAUGGAAGAGAACAGGAUUAAGUUGGCUGAAGUCACCAACAACCAUUACAAGCUGUCAGUAGAAAGAAGAAACCUAAAGACUAGUGUUGCAGAUCAAACUGUUGAUUUAUUAACAAAGAGACAAAAAGAUGCCAUUGAUAUGCAAAAUGGUGUGAAUGCAAACAAUGAUGAUAGUGACAGCAGCAGCUCUCAAGAAGAUGGACAUGCUUCAGCCAUUCUUUUAGGAUCUAGCAUUGCAGUAAAAAAUGCUGUCCGACCUAUCAAGCUUCCUGAAGUGGAUAAAUUACCUCCUUAUACCACUUGGAUUUUCUUGGAUAGAAAUCAAAGAAUGACAGAAGACCAGUCUGUGUUAGGUCGAAGGAGAAUCUAUUAUGAUCAAAAUGGUGGUGAAGCUUUGAUUUGUAGUGAUAGUGAAGAGGAAGCAAUUGAUGAAGAAGAGGAAAAGAAAGAGUUUGUUGAGUCUGAAGAUUACAUCAUCAGAAUGACCAUUCAACAACUUGGCUCAUCUGAUGCUGUUUUGGAUUUACUAGGACAACGGUUGUCCAGAAAACCUUCUGAACUCAAGGCAAGAUAUGAAGUUCUUGUUAAUAGAGAGAAUGCUGUUGAAGUCUCCAAACCAGGGAAUGUGGAGUUUGAUAUGAGUUCAUUGUUUGAUAAAGAUCUUGAAGCAGCAUUAGACUCAUUUGACAACCUAUUUUGUCGCAGAUGUCUUAUAUUUGACUGUAAAUUACAUGGAUGCUCACAGGACCUUAUAUUUCCUGUUGAAAAGCAUUGUACUUCAAACCGUGUGGAAGAAGAGAAGGUGCCUUGUGGUCCCCACUGUUAUCGCCAGAUCCAAAAGAUGGAGGGCAUUUCAGUCACAUCACCUAACAGCGAACAAAAAGCCACUCCAAAAUCUUCAGAUGGCAACGGUGUUCAUAAAUCAAGAAAAAAAUCCAAAACUUUGUCUGUAUUACAGAAGUUAAAAUCUUCCAGGAGCGAAAACACUUCAUCAAACACUAAAAACAUGACUGAAAGCAGUGAAUCAGAAACUAGACCCACUGUUCAUGAUGGGCAUUCUAGUAAACGUGGGACCCGCCAAAGGAAUAGCAAACGCAUUGCUGAUCAUGUUAUGGUUGCAAUAAAGAAAAGACAGAAAAAACCCACUGCUUCCGAUUCCGAUUCCAUUUCUGUUCCCAGUGGAAGCCUCGGCUCACAUAAAGAAAAUGAGGAAGCCAGUUCCUCGUCUUUGAAGGUGAAGUCUUUGAGUGGGAGAAGAGGUAGGCGAAAAGACUCAUUUGCCCCUGCUGCUACUGGUGGUGGUGAUAGAUCGUCUUUUCAGGCGGAAGCUUCUGAUUGCCCUUCCAAGGAGAUCACCAGUAAACACAAUGAGAAAUGGAAGAAAGAAGAGUUUGUGGAUGAGAGUGUUAUGUGUAGACAAGAAGUAGAACAGAUUGAAUUCAAAAGCUGGAAAACAAUUGAAAAGUCUCUUUUUGAAAAAGGGUUGGAGAUUUUCGGAAGAAACAGCUGUUUAAUAGCUAGGAAUCUAAUGAACAACAUGAAGACAUGUUCAGAGGUAUUCUACGCCAUGAAUUCCUCAGAAAACAAGCUAUCUUCUCAAGGGGGCGAUGGCACAUCUUCUCUAGGCGAUGGAUCCAGAAUCGAUUCUAACGAAAACAUGGGUACGACGCUAAGAAGAAGAUCAAGAUUCUUACGCAGAAGAGGAAGAGUUCGUCGUUUAAAAUAUUCAUGGAAAUCUGCUGGAUAUCAUUCAAUGAGGAAAAGAAUCUCUGAUAAAAAAGAACUCCCUUGUCGCCAAUAUAACCCAUGUGGUUGUCAAACUUCGUGUGGGAAAGAAUGCUCUUGCCUUGUCAGCGGGACUUGCUGUGAAAAAUACUGCGGAUGUCCGAAAACAUGCAAAAAUCGUUUUAGAGGAUGCCAUUGUGCGAAAAGUCAAUGUAGAAGUCGUCAAUGCCCUUGCUUUGCUGCGGGUAGAGAAUGUGAUCCGGAUGUGUGCAGAAACUGCUGGAUCGGGUGUGGCGAUGGGACUUUAGGGAUUCCGGGGCAAAGAGGUGAUAAUUAUGAAUGUAGAAAUAUGAAGCUUCUUCUCAAACAACAACAGCGGGUUUUAUUAGGAAGGUCUGAUGUCUCAGGCUGGGGAGCCUUUUUAAAGAAUAGUGUACCUAAACAUGAAUAUCUGGGUGAGUACACUGGAGAAUUGAUCUCACAUCGUGAAGCUGACAAACGUGGAAAGAUUUACGAUCGUGAAAAUUCAUCCUUCCUUUUUAACCUCAAUGACCAGUACGUUCUUGAUGCUUAUCGAAAGGGCGAUAAAUUGAAGUUCGCUAAUCAUUCUCCUGUUCCAAAUUGUUACGCAAAGGUGAUAAUGGUGGCGGGAGAUCAUAGAGUUGGAAUAUUCGCUAAAGAAAGAAUAAGUGGUGGGGAAGAACUGUUUUAUGAUUACCGAUACGAACCGGAUAGGGCACCUGCCUGGGCCAAAAAACCGGAGUCAUCAUCCGCUACAAAAAAAGAGGAAACCGGUCCUUCUAGUGGCCGUGCAAAGAAGCUUGCUUGAAUCAUCAUCAUCAUCAUCAUAUGCUUACUAAUUUUCUAUCUCAAAUGAUUAACCCAAUACUACACACAAUUAAGUAUUUUUGGGAAUUAAUUCUUUACAGAGUUGAUACUUGAUAGGGUGG